AUGCUUGCUUUCCUUCGACCGAUCGACGUGACCGCAGGCCCGCAGCGCUCGUCCCUCCGGCCGCACCGCCACCGGCUCGCCGCGCAGCGCCGUCGCCGCGCCGCACCGUCGCUGGACGCCGCGCUGCCGGCCGCACCGUCGCCGGCUUGCCGCGCAGCGCCGUCGCCGCGCCACACCGUCGCCGGUCGCCACGCCUGCACCUGCACCUGCACCGCUUCAAUCAUCAUCAUGUCUACAAGAAACAGGAAAUAUGAUAGUGGUGCUGAAAAGCGUAAGAAAAAACAAAGACUAGAAGCCGCAGCUCAAUCCCAGAAGGGUGCUCUUGAAAGAUUUAUUGUUAGAGAAACUGCACAUGCUAAUGUGAUAGAGGCUGACACUCCUGCCGCACAAGUUCUUCAAGGAGAUAAUACAUUAGAGUUUGAUAUCGAGGCUCCUGCUGCAGAAAUCCCUGAAGGAGGCCAUGAUGAUGGUACUGCAAAUGGGGGUGACGAUGGAGAUCAAGACCAUGAUAAUGGUACUGUAAAUGGGGGUGACGAUGGAGAUCAAGACCAUGAUAAUGGUACUGCAAAUGGCGGUGAUGAUGGUAAUAUUUCCAAUCACAUAAAUAAUUCUUUCCAGCCUGAUAUAUUUGAUCCAAGAACUUGGAAUGCACUUGAUUCUAAAAUGAUAUACAUUUUGCUACAAAAGGGUCCUAAAAGAGACUUGUCUAUUAAGUAUGGACCUAGAGAUAGAUUUGGAAGAAGGUUCUCUGCAUCAUCAUACAAUAGAAUUCUACCAAAUAGAGAAACAUUUGGCCAUAGACUUAAAGAGCAUGAGACUAGUAGGGAACAUGUCACAAAUAUGACUGCAUGGUAUGACUUGCGUCUUAUGUUCCAGAAUGAUCAAAUAAUUGAUAAUGUUGCUCAGCGAGAACUACAAAAAGAAAGAGAGCAUUGGAGAAAAGUUUUGCAGAGGAUUAUUUUGAUUGUUAAAUAUCUUGCAGAGCAUAAUAUAGCAUUUCGGGGCAGUAAUAGCAGGUUGUACCAAGAUCACAAUGGCAAUUUCUUAGGACUUGUUCAAAUGUUGGCUGAAUUUGACCCAGUGAUCAAAGAGCAUGUUGAUCGCAUCACCAAUGAUAAAAUCCGUGAUCAUUAUCUUGGUCCUUCCAUCCAAAAUGAGUUGAUAAAUUUGCUAGCUACUGCAAUCAGGUCUGCAAUCAUUGCAAAGGUAAAAGAAGCAAAGUAUUUCUCAGUUUUACUUGACUGUACUCCUGAUGCAAGCCACCAAGAACAGAUGUCUUUGAUAAUAAGGUAUGUUGAUACAACUUCUGGUUCCGUUCAAGAAUCAUUCUUAGGCUUUUUGGAAGUGAGUGAUACCACUGGUCAGGGAUUGUUUGAUGUUCUACUAGAGGAAUUAAAGGAUCUUGACCUUGAUGUAGACAAUGUUAGAGGACAGGGAUAUGAUAAUGGAUCCAAUAUGAAAGGAAAACAUCAAGGGGUACAAAAGAAGCUUUUGGAUAUAAACCCAAGAGCAUUUUAUUCUGCUUGUGGUUGUCAUAGUCUAAAUUUGACACUAUGUGAUAUGGCAAAGUCUUGUCGUAAAGCAACAGAAUUUUUUGGAGUUAUCCAACGUAUCUAUACAACAUUUGCUAAUUCUACCAAGAGGUGGCAAAUUCUUAAAGAUAACAUUUCAGGACUUACUCUUAAGUCAUUGUCAUCUACUCGUUGGGAGAGUCGUAUCGAUAGUGUCAAGGCUAUAAGGUUUCAGAUCCCAGAAAUAAGAGAGGCCUUAUUGCAAGUGGCUGAAAGUGAUAAUGAUCCAUUGGCAAGUAGUGAAGCUAAAUCAUUGGCAGAAAAUGAGCUUGGUGGCUUUGAAUUUUUAGUGUCAAUUAUUAUAUGGUAUGAGAUAUUAUCUAAAAUUACUCUGGUUAGCAAGCAACUACAAUCAAAAGAUAUGCUUAUUGAUAUUGCAAUUGAAUCUGUACAAGGGCUGAUUUCCUUUUUCAAAAAGUACAGAGAAACUGGCUAUUCAAAAGCAUUAGAAGCUGCAAAAGAAAUUGCACUAGAGAUGGAUAUUAAUCCAGAGUUCCGCAAAAGGCGAAACAUCAAAAGAAAAAGACAAUUUGAUGAGGGCGCAAAUGAUGAUGCAUCUGAGUCACGGUCUGCGGAUGAGUUAUUCAGGACUGAUUAUUUUAUACCUAUUGUUGAUCAAGCUAUAUCUUCACUUAUCAGAAGAUUUGAACAGUAUCAAGGGUAUGAGAGAAAAUUUGGUUUCUUGUUUACCUCAGAUAGACUACGGUCCUUGGAUGACACAAGUUUGAUGGCUGCUUGUGUUAAUCUUGAGAAUGCACUGAAGAGUGGAGAACAGAAAGAUAUUGAUGCAAAUGAAUUGUUUGAGGAGUUAAAUUUCAUCCGGAAUUUACUAAAGGAAUCAAUGGGUCCUCUUGAUAUUUUGAAGUUUCUUAAAGAGCGUCCCUUUUAUCCUAAUGCUAUUAUUGCAUAUAGAAUUUUGUUAACCAUUCCUGUGACUGUUGCAUCUGCGGAAAGAAGUUUUUCUAAACUGAAGUUGUUGAAGUCUUACUUGCGUUCAACUAUGACACAAGAACGACUCAAUGGGCUAGCGACGAUUGCACUUGAAAUUGAUGUCUUGGAGAAGAUUAAUUAUGAAGAUAUAAUUGAGGCUUUUAUUUCAACAAACACUAGACGGAUGAUGCUUUUUCAUGGAAUGUGA